CUCCUUCAUUUAUUUAUUCUUCCCAAUUUACCAAAUUUCUCAACACUCUGCUUCAACUUCCCCGUAACUCUCCGCCUCAGAUUUUCUCCUUAUGCCCUAGAUUUGGUUGUUUUUAGGGUCUUUUUGAUACUUUCAUUUUGGUCUGAAAAUGGCUUCACUCAACGAAAACGAGGAGACUCCUCUGCUUCCAAUUUCAGACUCAUCGUCUCGUACUAGUGAUUUCACUUCCAGGACUCGUACCGUUUCCCUCUCAAACCUUUCUUCCUCCGUUGACGGAUUUGAAAAUUCAACUGUGGUUUUUGGCUACACAGGUCCUCUUCGAACUCGGAGACAUCCUCCGUUACUUCAACUGAGUGGUCCUCUUUACUCUACUUGCAAACCUGAACCUCUCUUUCUUCCUCUUCCUUCUUCUGAUUCCGUUGGUGUCUCUUCUCAGCCUGAGAGGGAUCCUUCUUUUUCUGCUCUUGAACACAAAAACUCCUCAGACGAUGAGUCCCUUUUGAAAUACGCAAAUCUCUUGGGAUCUGGACAAUUAGGGAUGUGUAAUGAUCCUUACUGUACUACUUGCCCUUCUGAUUACUUCCGUAAAACAGCUCAAACCCCUACUCCCAGAGUUUCUGCCAUUUUUUAUUCCCCGUUCCAUAAUGCUCUGUAUGAUGAUGCUAAAGAUUGGGCGAGGAGAUUUGCUUCCUCUGUUAAUAGAUACUUACCUGGAAUCAUGAAUCCUCAUGCCAAAGAGGUUCAAACCUGGACUAAAUUCUUCGCCCUUUCAUGCUUGUUAGCUAUUUUUAUAGAUCCUCUCUUCUUCUUCCUCAUAAAAGUUCAAGAGCAAAACAAAUGCAUUAUGAUUGAUUGGCCGAUGGCUAAAGCUUUGGUAGCUGUUAAAAGUGUAACAGAUAUUAUAAUCUCUGUGAACAUUCUGCUUCAGUUCCGAAUGGCCUAUGUAGCUCGUGAGUCUACGGUAGUUGGUGCUGGCCAGUUAGUUAGUCAUCCCAAAAAAAUUGCCCUUCAUUACUUUAGAGGAAAGUUUUUCCUUGACUUGUUCAUAGUGAUGCCACUUCCACAGAUACUGAUAUUAUGGAUAAUACCAGAACACUUGGGGGCCUCUGGGAUAUCCGGGGCAAACUACACGAAAAACCUUUUACGCGCUGUAGUUCUUUUCCAAUACACUUCAAAGUUAUAUAGACUUCUACCAUUUCUUGCUGGACAAACACAGACCGGGUUCAUAUUUGAGUCAGCUUGGGCUAAUUUUGUCAUUAAUCUUCUCACUUUCAUGCUUGCUGGACAUGUUGUUGGCUCUUGCUGGUAUCUUUUUGGUCUGCAGAGAGUUAAUCAAUGCCUUCAAUAUGCUUGCGGUAAUUUUGAGCGUGAAUGUCGAAAUCUUAUAAGUUGGACUUGUGGUAAUGGAAAUUGCAAUGUAUCUGUAAGAGCUGCCUGGAAAGACAAUGCUUGUUUCCAAGAAGAUGGUUUUCCUUAUGGAAUAUAUUUAAAAGCAGUCAAUCUUACCAAUCAUUCUAGUCUCUUCACAAGAUACAGCUACUCUCUCUUCUGGGGUUUCCAGCAAAUAAGCACUCUUGCUGGAAACCAAGUCCCAAGCUACUUUCUAGGGGAGGUCUUCUUUACUAUGGGUAUCACUGGCCUGGGGCUUUUGCUUUUUGCCCUUCUUAUUGGUAAUAUGCAAAAUUUCCUUCAAGCUCUUGGUAAAAGGAAUUUGGAAAUGACGCUGAGACGGCGUGAUGUGGAGCAAUGGAUGAGCCAUAGACGGUUGCCAAAUGGUAUAAGAAAGAGGGUGCGAGAGGCUGAACGGUUCAACUGGGCUGCUACCAGAGGCGUUAACGAAGAAUUACUCUUUGAGAAUAUGCCUGAUGAUCUUCAAAGAGAUAUAAGACGACACCUCUUUAAAUUUCUCAAGAAGGUGAGAAUAUUUUCGUUGAUGGAUGAAUCAAUCUUAGAUGCCAUCAGUGAGAGGCUGAAACAGAGGACAUACAUAGGGAAUAGCACAGUGUUGCACAGCGGAGGUCUAGUUGAGAAAAUGGUAUUCAUUGUGAGAGGUGAGAUGGAGAGCAUUGGAGAAGACGGUUCUGUUCUUACAUUAUCGGAAGGCGACGUUUGUGGCGAAGAACUUCUCACUUGGUGCCUCAAACGCUUUUCUGUAAACCCUGAUGGGACGAGAAUAAAGAUGCCACCAAAGGGAUUGGUUAGCAACAGAAAUGUUAGGUGUGUGACAAAUGUGGAAGCGUUUUCGCUGAGUAUAGCAGAUCUUGAAGACGUAGCGAGCUUGUUCUCGAGAUUCCUAAGGAGCCAUAGAGUCCAAGGAGCCAUAAGGUAUGAGUCUCCUUAUUGGAGGCUACGGCAGAUUCAAGUGGCUUGGAGAUACCGAAGGAGACGGCUUCAGAGAGUAUACAGUGCUCAGUCUAGUUACAUCCGUUAGGUUAUAUGCUUCAUUCUCGAUGGAUUGAUGAUGAUAUGUAAGUUUGGUGGUUGUCACAUAGGUUGUGUGUUUGUAUCAUAAGAUAGCUCAAUGCUUCACUUGAAUUCAAAAAAAAUUCAGUGCAAAAUAUGAAUUAGUGUAAUUGCUUUAAUAAGAUAAUUUCUCUCAUCCGUA